CGGGUGGCCAGUCCUUGUCUUAAUACAUUUGAAGUCUCUGCUAACAGUGUUUGUUUUGUUCCAACACAGUUUGGUGAGACUUGGUACAGUAACUGCCAGAAGUGCACGUGUAAUGCUGACACACUGAGUGUCCAGUGUGAACCAGUGAAAUGUCCGCCCCAAGAAAUUGUUACCUGUAAGAAGUACGGGGAGGUGUUGGUCAACGAGACGGUGGACUGCUGUCAGAUAAAUACAUGUGUGCCCAAACCUGUUUGUGUCCACAACAAUACUGAAUACACGCUUGGGGAGUUUUGGUCGCCCCCUAGUGACCGCUGUGUGAAGUAUGAAUGCACAAAGACAAACAAUCAGUUCAUCGUUGUGGAAUCCAAAUUGGAAUGCCCAGUGUUCCGUCCAGAGGACUGUGUCCCUGGAACUGAGAAAACUGAUGCAAAUGGAUGUUGCACAACCUGCACUUUAAUCAGUCACUGUGAUGUGAAGAACACCACCACCUACCUUGAGGUGAAUAACUGCAGGUCCUCUGUGCCGGUGGAAAUCUCAGCCUGCGGGGGAUCCUGUGGAACAUCUUCUAUAUACUCUGCAGAGAAAAACACCCUGAUGCACUCCUGCUCCUGCUGUCAAGAGAUGUCUACCAGUGAGAGGAAGGUGGAGAUGGUCUGCCCUGAUGGGAAGAAGAUCAUGCAGUCCUACAUUUACAUUGAUAAGUGUGGCUGCCAUGACUCUGAGUGUGACAAGAAGAACCACUUAGAUUAGGCCUUGAAGAAUGAAGUCUUUUGAAGUGUUCUUAUUUACCUGCAUGGAAUAUUCAAUAGUUUUAUCUAAAGGGAACCAAUAGGGUCUGUCUCAUUAUCAUAUAGGCUACUUUCAUGAACUGUAUGUUCUUUCUCUCUACACUAUCAUAGACAUUAUGCAAACCUAUUAAACUGAUGAAGAAGCAUGAA